AUGUCCGCCCCCGAAACCCUCCCCGUCAUCGCCCGUCACCUCCUCCGUUACAACCAAUCCAUCCUCUCAAAAACCCACUUCCAAAGCACCGCCAAAAACCUCUACCACCAAACCUCCAGCGUCAAAGCCUUUGCCAGCUCCGAGGGCGUGCGCGGAAACCCUCGAAACAGAUAUGAUGUGCACGGAAACGGGUAUUUCACGCAUGGAAAACGGGAAGGGAUGGCUGCGAAUUUGGAGAUGCUUGGAGUGAGGGGAUUUGGAACGGGUGCAAUGGGGGAGAGAGCACAUGUGUCGAUCUCGGCGAGGAUUGCAGCGAGCAAGGGGGAUAGAGAGAGGAUCUUGAAAAGUAUUGUGAGGGCCAGGGAGAGGAGGGGAGUUGUGGGUGAGGGUGAGGGGUGUGUGGAGGAGGGGAGAAUUUGGGAGGAACAGGUUUAUCCUCCUGUGAAUGGGUGGUUGGUUUGA